GGUCAAUCAGAUUUCAGCUGGGGUUAAAAUGGACCCCGUCCCUACAUCCCUGGUUUCUCAGGGUCGAGGAGCCCAGAAGUUUUGUCACAUAAUUCAUGGAUAAAUAACGGGACAUCCGGUCUGACGACGACAAAACCCGGUUAAAGUCGGAGGUGUAGAGAAGCUUUACCGGGGUUUUAACUGAAGUUCAUCAUGUUUAAUGCCUCUCAAAAGCCACCCAAAACCAGGAACCUGUCACCUCAUGGCUCCAGUUCCAAGUCCGCCAAAAAAAUUCACAUUGAUGAAGUCGUCAAGAUAGCAGUGAACCUCUCUUUGGAGAGGUUUCGCUACAGUGAUGAGAAAGAGAUGGAAUUUCCAUCUUCCUUUUCCAGUACUGAGAGGGCAUUUGUUCAUCGCUUGGCACAGUCCCUGGGCUACAUUUCUAAGAGCAAAGGAAAAGGAUCAAAUCGCUUCUUGACCAUUAGGAAGAAGGAUGUUUCAGCCAAACCUCAACCGAACAUCUCCCUCUCACUGUCCCAGAGUUCUUUAUAUUUUAUCCGCAGCCUCCUUCAGAGGUUUCCCAUUAGCAAGAAGGAACGCACAGACAUGCAGCUCAACAGCAAAAAUGGCGUAACUUUGGCUGCAGAAAUGGAAAACAGUUAUGACAAGAACAGGGCAAGUGGGCGCCUAACCAAUGGCAUUCCUAUGGUCCCUCAGAGGAGGACUACAUCAGAACUGGAUGAUUUUCGGUGCUCUCUGCCUGUGCAUAAACAUCAGGACGAGAUUGUCCAACUGAUCAGAGAAAACCGAGUGGUAAUCGUUGUGGGAGAGACUGGUUCUGGAAAAACUACCCAGAUUCCACAGUUUUUGUUAGAUAACUGCAGCAAGAACGGACAGCCCUGCAGGAUCUUCUGUACGCAGCCCAGGCGCCUGGCUGCCAUCGCUGUGGCUGAAAGAGUGGCAGCUGAGAGAGGGGAGAGCGUGGGUCAGACAGUUGGUUACCACAUCAGACUGGAGAGCAGGGUCUCUCCUAAGACCCUGUUGACGUUUUGCACAAGUGGAGUCCUCCUCAGAACACUGAUGGCAGGAGACGGCAGCCUCACGACCGUCACUCACGUCAUUGUGGAUGAAGUGCACGAGCGUGACGGUCUGACUGACUUCCUGCUUACUAAGAUGCGGGAUGUGCUUCAGAAAAUCCCCUCUCUGAGGCUGAUUCUCUCCAGUGCAGCUUUGGAUGUAGACCUGUUCCUUCAGUACUUCGGCUCCUGCCCUGUUAUCUAUCUUGAAGGAAGGCAGUUUGACGUGACGGAGUAUUUUCUGGAGGACAUUUUGAAACUGACAGGCUUUAACAGGAAGGACAUGAACGUUUACAAGGAAGAGAAACAGAAAAAGGAGAAAAAACAGAAGCGUUUGACCGAGUGGUGUGAGGCGGUGGAGAUCAGCGCUGAUGUGGAGAAACAACAAAGUCCCAGUAUUUUAUCUGCAGGCCAAGCCAGCGGUGGUGGAGAUGGAGAAGUCUGGGCCAGUACCCAUCUGAAUGACAGUGGUGCAGGACAACUGGAGCUGUGGCUGGUAAAAGAAAUGGACUCCUGCAUUACAAACAUUUUCCUUCACGAGGACCAGGAUGCUUUUGGUCAGCUCUUCAACCUCCUCCUCAAUGAAAGUGUUAACGUGGACUACACGCACAGUGAGACGGGCUGCACAGCUCUGAUGGUGGCAGCAGGUCGAGGAUUCCUUCCACAAGUUCAGCAGCUGCUCAGCAUGGGUGCUGACAUAAACAUGAAAGCAGCUAAUGGAUGGACUGCCUUGGACUUCACCAAACACUUCAAGCAGGCAGAAGCUUUGGAUCUGCUCAAUUCUUCCAUACCUUUAAGAGAAGGGAGCAGCCUGGAGGAGUCGGCACUGACACCGGCUGGCUCUGCAGAGCUGAGCCCUGAAGAGCAAGAGCUGCUCAAACUGUACCACCACAGCUUCGAUGAUCAGUGGGUGGACCUCGAGCUCAUCAUGACUCUGCUCCACAACAUCUGCUCCACCACCAGUGAAGGUGCGGUCCUGAUUUUUCUUCCUGGAUAUGAUGAAAUUGUGUCCCUCAGGGACCUCAUCUUGUAUGACGAUAAGAGAUUCUCCUCACAACAUGAGAGUUACCAGGUAUUCACACUACAUUCAGACAUGCAGACUAUGGAUCAGAAAAGAGCAAUGAAACCCACUCCCCCUGGUGUCAGGAAGAUCAUUCUUUCCACUAACAUUGCUGAAACAAGCAUCACCAUCAAUGAUGUGGUUUUUGUUAUUGAUUCAGGAAAAGUCAAAGAGAAGUCCUUUGAUACGUUCAGUCGUGUUUCCAUGUUAAAAACAGUUUGGGUCUCCAAAGCCAGCGUUCUGCAAAGAAAAGGAAGAGCCGGGCGAUGUCAGCCUGGGAUCUGUUUCCACCUCUUCAGUCAGCUCAGGUUUAAUAACAUGCUGGAGUUCCAGGUUCCACAGCUGCUGCGAAUGCCACUGCAGGAACUUUGUCUGCAGACCAAGCUGCUCGCUCCUUCCUCCUCUCCUGUUGCUGAAUUUUUGUCUAAAGCUCCACAACCACCUCCAAAACAUGUGAUCCAGAGUGCUGUGCAAAUGUUAAAGACAAUAGAUGCUCUGGACCAGAACGAAGACCUGACCGAUCUGGGGUACCACCUUGCUGAUCUACCCAUAGAGCCCCAUCUUGGCAAGAUGGUUCUGUGUGCAGUCAUGCUGAAGUGUCUUGACCCCAUUCUCACUAUUGCCUGCACUCUGGCCUACCGGGACCCUUUUAUUCUCCCCUCUGAGGGCUCUCAGAAAAAAGCAGCUCUACAGUGCCGCAAACGGUUCUCGUCCAACACCUUCAGUGACCACAUGGCCCUGCUCAGAGCUUUCCAGGCGUGGCAGAAGGCCCGUAGUGAUGGUUGGGAGAGAUCUUUCUGUGAGAAAAACUUCCUGUCCCAAGCUACUAUGGACAUGAUUCUUGGCAUGAGGACACAACUCUUGGGACAACUCCGUGCUAUUGGUUUUGUGCGGGCUCGCGGGGGCAGUGACAUCCGUGACGUGAAUCUGAACUCUGAAAACUGGGCCAUGGUAAAGGCGGCGCUGGUGGCCGGCAUGUAUCCAAACAUGAUCCAUGUCAACAAGGAGACCUCCCUGCUCUCCAGUAACAGAGAAAAGAAAGUUCUCUUCCAUCCGACGUGUGUUCUGAGCCAACUUCAGAACGGCUCUGCCAAAUCAGCCCCAGCUCUCCCCACAGAGUGGCUGAUCUACGAUGAGAUGAGCAGAGGUCACAGGAUGGCGAGUGUGCGCUGUUGUACCCUGGUGACUUCCAUCACGGUGGCCAUAUUUGCUGGUUCUACCAAAUCUAUCUGUUCCGGCCUGCAUGAACCAGCUGAACAGAGAAUGAAUGACAGUCCUGAGGAUGACCUGAGUGACAGUGACACAGAGGACCAGGUGGAGAUGAAGCUAGAUGACUGGCUUGUCUUCCAGCUGGAAAAACAGGCUGCAGGACUGGUGUCAGAGCUGAGACAGAAGUGGCAAAAUUUGUUCAUAAAAAGGAUCCGUUGUCCCUCCAAACCCUGGUCUCAACAGGAUGAGGCCAUCAUCCAGACCUUAGUGUCUGCACUAGGAGCAGAGGAGCAAGAAGCUGGCCUGCAGCAGCCCAUGGGGAUUGGUCAGCGGCCCAGGCCCAUGUCUUCAGAGGACGGACCGAGGAGCUCCACGAGGAACUUCAAGACCAGUCCCCACCUUCCCACCAACACUGCAAAUGACAAGUCUUGUCGAGCGUCCUCUGACCAGCUAAAAAGAAGCAAAGAUGAAGCAGCCGUUGCCUCGAGUCAGCUCUCUGACAAGUCUCCUUGCUCCAGUAGCUCCUCCUGCUUGGUGACUCUGCAGCCCCCUGACUCCCACAGUCCCUCCUCAUUAGGAAAGGCCCUAAAGUCUGUUUCCCUGCAGCCUGCUCUUUCUUCUGUCCGAUACUUUGUUAUGAAGAGCAGCAACAUCAGAAACAUAGAGAUUUCUCAGGAGAAAGGGAUUUGGUCUACGACACCCCUCAAUGAGAGCAAACUCUCCAAGGCCUACCUGGAAAGUAGCCUCAUCGUCCUCGUUUUCUCUGUUCAGGGGUCUGGACACUUCCAGGGCUACGCUCGUAUGACAUCAGCUGUGAGCCAGGAGAGCUGUCAGGACUGGGGCUUCAUGGGGCUCGGAGGAGUUUUCAGUGUCGAGUGGAUCCAUAAAGAGAGUCUUCCCUUCCACUGCACCCAACACAUCCUCAACCCGUGGAACGACAGUAAGAGGGUGCAGAUCAGCCGGGAUGGACAGGAGCUGGAGCCGCAGGCAGGCAGCCAGCUGGUGUUUCUGUGGGAGAGAAACUACGGGAAACAGCGACAUUAAAGUUGGACUCUUCAUGCAUCGCUUAGGUGCUGUUCUGUAUUACGUUGUGCUGACUAAAAACUGCACCAAAGACAGCACCGUAAAAAAAAUGUUAUUUUCUUUCAAACGGGGGCUAUAGAUUCAUGUUUUAGUUCUGUCAUGUCAACAGUUCUCUGCACCAGGUGAGAUGAUGCAGUUCCAGCUCAGUUAUGUUAUACCUCUGAACUUUGUUUUUAACUUGUUCACUUUGUAAGUUCUCAUUCAGGUUUUGUACAUUUAUCUAAAUAAGGGUACUUUUUUUCUAUAAAUGGUGUUUUAUGAAUAAAAACCUGACUCUUACAUUUUAACAUGGUUUCAAGUAAAAAUUAUCUUACAGCAGCUAUAAAAUUUGGGAUGCAGCGUGUCACUAGCAAAACAUUUUCUGUUCAUAGUGACUGCUGAAAUGCUGUUCAGUCGUUCUUUCAAUUAAUUUUCUGCUUUAAUAAAGUGAAAUUUAAAAGCUUU